AUGGCUGCACUGAAUUGUCUUUUGGACAGUGUUAGAAGGGACAUCAAGAAGGUGGACAGAGAACUGAGGCAAUUGAGAUGCAUCGACGAAUUCAGCACGCGCUGCCUGUGUGACUUGUACAUGCACCCGUACUGCUGUUGUGACUUGCACCCAUACCCGUACUGCUUGUGCUAUUCAAAGCGAUCACGCUCUUGCGGCCUCUGCGACAUGUACCCGUGUUGCUUGUGUGAUGUCAAGCUUUACUGUCUUCGACCAUCUCUCAGAAGUUUAGAGAGGAAAGCCAUCAGAGCCAUAGAAGAUGAGAAGAGAGAGCUGGCUAAACUGAGGAGAACAACGAAUAGAAUUCUGGCCUCCUCUUGCUGUAGCAGUAACAUUUUAGGAUCGGUGAACGUGUGCGGCUUUGAACCCGAUCAAGUCAAAGUUCGAGUGAAAGACGGAAAGGUGUGUGUGUCGGCAGAGCGUGAGAAUAGGUACGACUGCCUCGGAUCGAAAAAAUACAGCUACAUGAACAUCUGCAAAGAGUUCAGCUUGCCUCCGUGUGUGGAUGAGAAGGACGUAACCUACUCCUAUGGGCUCGGCAGUUGCGUCAAGAUCGAGUCUCCGUGCUACCCUUGCACCUCUCCCUGCAACCCCUGCAACCCCUGCAACCCCUGCAACCCCUGUAGUCCCUGUAGUCCCUGUAGCCCCUGCAGCCCCUGCAGCCCCUGCAACCCUUGCAACCCAUGUGACCCUUGCAACCCUUGCUACCCCUGUGGUAGCCGAUUUUCCUGUAGGAAGAUGAUUUUGUAA